GCUUCGCUUCGCUUUGGUUUGAAGCGAACCGGCCGGCCACCAACCAACCAACGCCCCCGAAUCUAUCCAUCAUAUCAAACCUUCCGCCGCCGGUGAGCUACUCGCAACGCCGGACGGCCCGACCCACUUGUUCUGGUUCUCUCCCUCCUCCGCUCCUCCGCCGCGAGCUCCCGGAGGAGACCCAACGGAGAGGGGAAGGAAGAAGCAAAGCCUCGGACAUGGCACGCGUCCUCCCUCUGGACAUCGAGCCCGGGGAGGCGCCCAGAGCUGGUGAGACGGUUGCUAGCACGCCAAGCUCUUCAGCUGUGGUGUCAUGCAAUAGAAUUGAGCAUUCUGAGCAAAACAUAAAGGACGACGAAUACGCGAUGCUGAUGACGCCAGCUCAACAUGCAACGGCUGACAACAACACAGAAAUUUUACCUCAGCAACCCAAGUCAAGUCACUUCAGUUGGUGGAUGACAGCUCUGCUUGUCUGCUUCCUUCUUACAAUGGCAACUUAUAUCUUUGUGAAAUUUGGAGCCCCCUUUGCCUUUGAGAAGGUUCUUUUUCCAAUCAUGAAAUGGGAAGCAACUGCCUUUGGUCGUCCAGUAUUGGCUCUUGUCCUCAUCGCAUCUUUGGCUCUCUUCCCACUCAUUUUAGUCCCCUCUGGACCUUCUAUGUGGUUAGCAGGAAUGAUCUUCGGUUAUGGCUGGGGUUUCGUGAUUAUUAUUGUUGGGACUACUCUUGGCAUGGUUGGAGCAUAUUGGAUCGGCUCAUUGUUCCGCGAGCGACUACAUGCAUGGUUAAAGAGAUGGCCUCAGCAGAUAGCUCUAAUAAAGCUUGCUGGCGAAGGGAGUUGGUUCCACCAGUUUCGAGUGGUUGCGCUAUUCAGAGUCUCACCGUUUCCAUACUCGAUUUUUAACUAUGCCGUGGCCGUGACAGAAAUCAAGUUCAGCCCUUAUGUAUGUGGUUCAGUUGCCGGAAUGACGCCUGAGGCAUUCAUCUAUAUCUAUAGCGGGCGGUUGAUACGUACGUUGGCCGAUGUGAAGUAUGGCAAGCAUAAGUUGACUACGGUGGAGAUAAUCUACAGCGUAAUCUCGUUCGUCGCUGCCGCUGCCCUCACGGUCGCCUUCACAGUUUACGCCAAGAAGUCGCUAAACAACAUAAAGAGCCCAGAUGAUAUCUCAGAGGACCACCAACCUGCUGCUGGCUCUGCUGGGGUGACUGCACUGAAAAAUGGCCAUCAGGACGUGCAUAUCCUGUAGCUUUACAUGGCGUAUGAUGUCUGUAUUCAUUCAAUUCACCAGAGAAAAAUAGGUAGCUAGGCUCUGACAGCAGGUGGAUGCACCUGUCUAACUAGAUAAAUAUAUGUAUGGUUUUACUACUCCUUCUGUUCACUUUUACAAGGCGUUGUAGACGUGCAAAACAACUCAAUUUCAGUUGUCUGAAAUGACUUAUAAAAGUGAACGGAGGAUUUGCAACUCAAUUUCAGCUGUUUGAAAUGACUUUAUAAAAGUGAACGGAGGAUUUGCAACUCAA